GAUUAAUGUUUAACAUUCCUUUUCUAGGUGACUGAAGACUUCCUGGCAACAUACCAUGCUAACUAUGGCAUCCCUACAGAUAGUUCAGACAGUUCCUCUGCUUCAAAGACCGAAAAAAAGCCAGCUGUGGAAUCUAGGAUGGUAGAGGCACCGAAGUCAACAAAUAAAAAAGCAUCCCAACAGACAGAUUCUAAACAAAAAGGAGAAAAAAGAAAACUUGAAGCGGGAUGGUUUCAUGUUGAAGAAGACAAAAACACAAAUGUGUACGUGACAGGUUUACCUCCAGACAUUACAAAGGAUGAAUUUAUACAGGUUAUGUCAAAGUGUGGUAUCAUUAUGAGAGAUCCUGUGACUGAAGAACAUAAAAUCAAACUUUAUAAAGAUAAGCAAGGAAAUCUUAAAGGAGAUGGCCUCUGUUGUUAUCUCAAGCGAGAAUCAGUUGAACUUGCAUUAAGACUUCUGGAUGACGAUGAGAUUAGAGGCUACAAAUUGCAUGUUGAAGUAGCAAAGUUUCAACUAAAGGGGGAGUAUGAUGCAAGCAAAAAGAAGAAGAAAUGCAAAGACUACAAGAAAAAGCUGUCUCAACAACAAAAACAGUUGGAUUGGAGGCCUGAGAAGAAAGAUGAUACAGUUCGAAAGCGACAUGAGCGUGUUGUCAUCAUCAGGAACAUGUUCCAUCCAAAGGAUUUUGAGGAAGACCCGUUAGUAUUGAAUGAGAUCAGGGAAGACCUACGGACAGAAUGUGAAAAGUUUGGAGCAGCAAAGAAGGUUCUCCUAUUUGAUCGACACCCAGAUGGAGUGGCCUCUGUUUCAUUUAAAGAACCAGAAGAAGCUGAUCUGUGCAUACAAGCUCUCAAUGGCAGGUGGUUUGGUGGUCGUCAGCUAAGUGUCGAAACAUGGGAUGGUACAACAGAUUAUCAGGUGGAAGAGACCUCAAGAGAGAGAGAGGAAAGGCUCAAGCUAUGGGGAUCAUUUUUAGGAGAGGCUGAUGCAGAGAAGCAGAAAAUGGCAGCUGCUUCAGAUUCUGCAGCUAGUAGUGUGAAACUGCCUGAAGACCAGCCUUCAAAAGAUAAUGGCACAUCUAAAGGUGAUGUGAAUGUGGAAGCUCAUAAGAGAGAGGAUAAUGGUGAAGGCAUUAAUGAAGAUGGCACUCCAUCAACAGAUAGCAGCCUUGCGGGCAGUGAUGAUGAAGCUGAUACAUAACAUUUCCAAUAUUUUAUGAAAGCAUGCUUUUUAGGGUGGUGAUUGGAUUUCUCUUAUCCUGUGCUUCAGGGUGACUACAGACAGUGUUCAAAUGUUUAUAUGCAUAUUUGAUGUCAUCAGCUUGUGCUUUGAAAUUUUCAUUAAAAGCCGUAGUUAAUUAAGAUCUACAAAGCUUUGUAUUAAUUGGCUGUAGUUCAAGCUAAAUAUCUCAAGUGGCCAGGAGUUCAACAGAACUGAUCGGGCUUCUUAUGUCAUAUUUGCUUGUCAGUGUUUAAAUUAUAUAAAUGUUUGAAGUGUAAGUGAACUCCCGCUUUUGAACAAUUACACAAUCUGAAACAUUUUAGUAAUGUACAAAAAUAUUAAAAUAGAUUUUAAUGUUUGGUUUAGUUUCCCUAGACUUUUGGAAUUUGGUAUCUUUCUGUUUAACUGUCUUGAGCACUUUUGACAGUUUUACAGAACAGUUGUUGCGGUAAGACCCAAUACGUUCACCCUGCAUUAGGCAUUUUAAAUAGCAGAUUAUGGGGCAUGAAAUUAUUGCUCAGUCUUCUGAAAAUUCUUGCCGUAGCCUGCACUGAGCCACAGAUAAGUGAAGAUAUUUUAAAAUCAAAAUGCUCCAUUUAGAAGGGUCUGAACUUCUUGAUUCUUUUGUUAAUGCAAACAAGUUGUGAGUAUUUUGAGAUUAGCACCUGUAAACCCUUCAAUACCUUGAACACUAAAUAAAACUGACCUUUAAUCUUCAAUUGACUUCAUCCUACCACCAAAAUGUAUUUCCAUAUGUUGAAAGCAUGUAAAAACAAUACACUGAAUGUGUGGCUUUUGAGGUUCUUUUGCUUUAACAGAUCAAAUGCUUUUUCAGUCUUUGGUAGGGUACGGAGUCAAUAUGUACCAUAUUCUUUUUGAGAGAGUUGCUUUUAGUUCAGUUCAGUGCCUACAGGGCCCCUUCCACCAAAAACUUAAUACAAUUUAAAGGACUUUGACCUUUAAUUCCAAGGCUGUCACUCAGUUUAUGAAUAUUGUUGAACGUGUUUGUCAAAAAUUAGAUGCCCUUUUCUAUUUACUUUUUUGUUUUAUUAGUGAUUAAAUUGACUUGAACAAAAUGUUUAAUUAGGCAAGUAUUUUCAAAAGAAUGCCUAAAAUUAGUCUCCUUCAUUAGGUGUGUAAAGUGGUUUGAAGUUCAAAAGUUACUUCAGUGGAUCAGCUUGUAUGCCAAGCACUUUGAAAACCCAUUUUUUUAGGCAGCUUGUUUAAAAGUAUUAUCCCUAGUUCCUCUGUUUAAUAUUUGGAGCUGUCUCUGGAUUGUUUGUUCAUUUCCAAGGUACUUUUUUAACUUUCAACUGAAAUUGUUGAUUCUUUUACAAAUGCAGAUACUGGGUGGUGACAGAUUAUGGGUGUUCGUGCUUCUGUUUCCAACUUUUGAAGCACUCAAUUUUAAUAGAGACACUGCUUGUCUUUAAUUUGUACCGUGCGUAUCUUUCUUUUUCUUUUUCUUUUUUUUUUGUCUUGACAAUUACACUGUAGUUAAGAGGUUUUUUUGAUAAUCUGUAUUUAUGUAGAUUAUGGCAAUAAGUUUGAAUAAAUAUUUAUUCAGACUACUUGCCCUUGUGGUUAUAUCUUAUUUUCUUUCAAGCAACCUAGAAGAGAGAACAGUAGUUAAGAUGAUCAGACUUGUAACCCUUGAUUGUAAGAAAGUGAUGGCUAUUUUAAUUUAUUAUAAACUAGUAUGACUAUUUUUUAAUUUUAAAUAAAACAUCCCUUUGGGAUUUUUUUUAAAAGUUGAUCAUGCCAUUGAGAGGAAACCAUUUAAUUCUCUCUCCCCCAUCUUUGAGCAUAUCAUGAAUUAUAAACCUUGGCAAAAUAAGUGCUUCUGAUGUGUUUAGUGAUUCUGUAUUGGUUAGCUUAUAAGUAUGGAGAGUAACACAUUUGAAUUGCAUCCAGCCCAUGCAGUUCUAAACAAUGUUUCCACUGGUACAGUAUUUACUGACCAUUGUGAUCACCACAAACAUGAAUGCUUAAAGCUUCUGUAUGUAACAUGCAGCUUAAUACCAUGGGCAUUGUUUUCAGCUCUCAAAUAUGAGGUUUUUGACCUUGUCAAGUUAGCAGGCAUUGUUAGCUUUCUAGAGGUCCUAAUUAAUUAUCUAAAUCAUUCUAGGCGGCUCAAUGUAGCAAUUUAAAAAAAGGAAUUUAAAUUGCUGUAGCAAAUGCCUGAGAAAUGAAUGUUUCAUGGUUCUAAAUGCCAUAUCAGUGUCAAAUCAAAUAUAAUUUAGCUUUGACUAUUUAAAACUAUGCUUAAACCAUGUAAAACGAAGGAAUUGGUGUAUGUAUAGUAACUUCCCUCUCGGUUGAUUUAAAAAUUUGAUAGCUUGCCUCUCAGUUGAUUUAAAAAUUUGACAGCUUGCCCAUUUACCAAAAUGUGUUUAAUGAGUGGGGAUAAGUUUUAAAUUCUCCCUAUUUCAGACUUGAAAUAGUGCAACAACAAAAACUAAAAAACAAAAGCCACUUCACUGGCAUUUUGAAAUAAUUUUUAAGAAUAUUGCCUGAAAUUCUGAACCAUUUGUUUCCACGUCUGGUCAAAAUGUCUAAAACAGUGGUUCCUAAUCUGUGGUCCGUGGGCCCCUCUUGGUCCGUGACGGUACUGUAGCAGAUUAGUGGAAACUUUAAAAAUAAAGGACAUGAUCUUACUUUUUCUUUUCCUUUUCCUUUUCUUUUUUUUCUCCCGUAGGGAUAGGGUGGGUCCAUGAAAUUAUAAUCGAUUGAAAAGGGAUCCAUAUACUCAAAAAGGUUGGGAACCAGUGGUCUAAAAUGACACACAUUCAUGUUGAUAUACCUCUUUACCUAUCUUUCAUACAGUAAAAUAAGGAAAAUAUUUUUUAAAACCAGCAGCUUAUUCAUGAACUAUACAAGAAUGGUGAUAAUAUAUAGAAAACAGUGAGACAAAUGACUUUAGUUUCCAGUGCAGUGCUUAUUUAAAUAGUGAUUUUAAAUUAAAGUACCUUUCCCUUUUUGUUGAAUACAAUAAUUAUGAAAGUUUUCAUAAGCUUAUAGGGGAAAUUAGUUUGCCACAUGGUUAUAUUGAAUCAUGUGAUCACAAAACAUGAAUUUGAAGCACACAAUUGUAAAUUAUAAUACAGAAUAAGGCAGUGGAUAGUGUGUAAUUAACUGAUAUGCAGAUAAGCAGAACUUCUGAAUGUAUUAAUGAUUAAUGGGUUUUUUAGACAUCUGGUAAGUGUGUGGUUUUUUUUGUUUUUUUUAUUCCAAGUGACUAUGUAGUAAUAAAUUUCUAAAAUAUAGUAUCUGCCCCCUAAAUAGUUUUACAUGAGUACAACCCAAAAGUAGCAGAAAAUGAGUCUUUUCACAUGGCCUGAGAUUCACAAAAUGCUCACAUAACCAGUCCCACUGAAGAAGACUACACUUGUGAGUACAGUUUUAUAGGAUUGAGUCCAGGGUCCUGUCAAUUCAGUAAAAAUGGCAAGAUCAGGACUCAAUAUGGGUUUCUAAUUAUCCUUAUGUAAUUUUGAAGUGCUGUUAAUCAGCUGCAUGCUUUCAGAUGCUGUCUUCACUUUUGAAAGCUGUCUUCCUGAUCUGAUCUGUACUCUUCCUACCUGAAUACCUUUAUGAAGUUCUUACAGUUCGUAGAGAAAACAAUCUUGUCAGAAGUGAACAUUUCAAGAAGCUGUCUCCCUCUUUUAAAAUUAUAGUGACCUCUGGAAAGGCCAACUAUGUCUGGUCUACAGUAAGUUGACAUGAUUUGCUAGUAUUAGUGUAGCUCAAGUUGAAAGAGCUACUUUUUGAAGAUCCUGCUCUUAGAUUUGGAUAGUGGCAAAACACUGACUCUGUAUUUAAAAUAAUUUAAAUACAAAAGGGAGGGUAAUAUUAAAUAGUUUGCACUUACAUACAGUGUGGAUAAUAUUGCCAUGUUCUAACUGUUCAUUAUAUUGCCUGCUUAAGGUCCAAAUCAUAUUGAUCUGUCAUUUUAUAAUUGAAUAAUAGUAUGAUUAUUAUGCACAAGAGAUGGUAAAAACCCAUUAAGUACUAUGCAAAGAUUAGACUGGAACAGGGAAAACCCCCUGAAAGGAGCAGAUAUAAAUGGUUUUGCAUGUACAUGUGUGAAGAGGGGAGGUAGGGAUAGUUUAGUUUCAUUUUGCAUCAAAAUGUUUGUUGCUCCUGCUGAUUUUCACUUUUAAAAUACAGCUGGAUGUACUUAACUCUUAACUGAAUUUCAAUCCUUAUUACAAGUUUUAUUUUGUACAGGGAUUGCAAUUUGCUUGAAAUCAUUAGUGUAUUACAGUGCAUUUUGGUCUUAAAAACUUGUCCCAGAUUUCAUUCACAAGACUCAACUAUUAAUUUUUGGAAUAUUUAGUUCCAGUUCACUAAAAUGUACAGGUAUUAGAUGCUUUAUAAAAUUACACUGACCUUUGUAUUCUACAGUGAAACAGUAUCCACAUCUUACACUCUGCAUUGCAACCUUGGCUAAAUUCCUUCUAAGACUUCACAUUGCUUUAGUUUUUUCGUUGGACUCAAUCUUUUUUCUGAAUUUGAGAAAAUAUGCUGUAAUAUGACAAAUUUUGUAUAUUAAGAAAGUUGUGUUACAUUGUGUGAGUGUGCUGAAUUAUGCAGGGCUUGAAGUUUUUGGUAUUGAGGUAUUCUGAAAGUGCUAUCAUAUGAUUAUAGAAAUGUAAAAUGGCUUUGUUACAUUUUUUGCACUGACCAUUAUGUAAUACUACUGUAGUAAUAUUGUAAGUUUAAAUCUUUCAAUAAACUGAUUUUUUUUUCUAA